AAAUUGAUGCGCGCUCGGAUGUCAUCCAUAUAUUCUUUUUUAACCUCCUUGAUAUGAUCAAAUCAACAUGGACUUCCGUUCCUGAAAAAAUUACGUCGGUAGGACAAGGAUUCUCAGUGAUCCAAUAUAUACAGUUUGACAAUGUAGAAAUGAAAUGCAUCAGGGCAUUGGUUAGUAAGUGCCCUGGCCUGCAUUAAAGUCUUCGGCCUGUAAGCAAAAACUACCCGGCCUGGCAUCGGUUAGGAAAUGUACGAACAUGUACACACAUACAAAUGUAACAAGUGCUUCCGAGCAUGAACAGGCUUGCGCUACGUCACUUUAGUACUUGACCAAUCAAAGCACACGGUCUUUAAUUGCCCCAAAUUAUCUCUCCUGUAUGUACCCAUCGUCACGUCAUGAACAUUCCGUCACACGAUGAAUUAAUAAUUCACGUUUUAAUUUCGCAAAGUGAUCGGGGCGGGGUUUUCUCCUUUGUUUACACAAACGACAGAAGUGAUAAUUACACCGCCGCAUGUUGCGGUGUGUGGAGACUAUUGUGGACCUGCUCACCGGACUGUGCGCCUGCCUCUGCAAGGGAACCGAAUACUGGGAGUUCGACAAGCGGAUCUGUGCGCACGCCAUGGUCGAUCAUUUGACAGACGAGCAGAUAGAGGAGAUCAAGGACGCGUUUGUGUCCUUCGACAAGGACAGUGACGGUCUGAUCGCCACGAAGGACAUCGGGUCCGUGAUGAGAUCGCUGGGACAGAAUCCCACCGAGCCAGAGCUGAACGGCAUGAUCAACCAGGUGGAGAUUGGGGCAGGGAAGUUCAAGAUCGACUUCCCCGAGUUCCUGGACAUGAUGGUCGAGCAGAUGGAGAACCACAGCAGCGAGCAGGAGAUCGCUGAGGCCUUCAGGGUUUUCGACAAGGACGGCAACGGUUUUAUUAGCGCGGAGGAACUCCGUGACAUCAUGAAGAACCUGGGCGAGGCGAUGUCCGUGGAUGACGUGGAUGAGAUGAUCGAGGCGGUGGACACGGACGGAGACGGACAGAUCAACUUCGACGAGUUUGUGGCGAUGAUGACGGGAAAGUUUUGAUCUCCUACUGAACCGACCGGCCAAUGGCGUCCUCUCGUAUCCAUGGCAGCUUCUUCACUCUGGGUGGAACCUUUAAAUACUGAAUCUGAAUCUCCGAAUGUCUAAACUGUUUUUGAUCCCAUCUUUGAUCAUACUUUUCUCAUUUUGGUAUUUCAACUAAACGUGUAUUAAAAGAUUAACAUUCUUAGAACUGACCUGAUGCAAUUGUUUUUGUAUCAUUUUAAUAGAUUGGUAAGUUGAGGCUUUAUAAAGCUUCUUCGUUGUACUGCUCUUCAAACACCAUAAAAGAAAUUUGAGUCAAAAUGUGUUAGAGACGGAAGUUGUAUGUAAAACUCAUAGAGGCUGAUAUACACCGCAUCAUCUUAGAAUAUAUAUAUCUCCUAUGUUUGAUGAUAUGAGACAACUUAUCUGCAUGGGCACAAACAAGUAUAUGAGACAACUUCAAGUAUUUAAAUUAUCUUUAAUUCUUGAAACAGAAGAAAAUGGCUACAGUGGUUGCAUGAUAACUUAUAGUAGCUCAGGACACAAAUUUUGAUACCAUACCUUCUACAUACAAUUAUCAAGUGUACCUUGAAAUGUACUCAUAUAGAUACACACAAAACACUAAUAUCACAAUAUAUAUAUAUAUCUUUGUAUAUACAUGUUUAUAUGUCAUUUUGGUGAACAAUGAAAUAUCAUACCUUUUCAAACAUUGUUGUGCUGGUGCAAUAUAAUACCCAUCAAACAUGCAGCAUAUGAAAUAAAUACCUCCACUCCCCUUAUUAUUAAACAACCAUACCUGGAUGCCAGAUACACCCAGGCUAUUGGGUACACCCAGGCUAUUUGGGUACACACGUACCCAGGCUAUUGGGCACACCUAUGCUCCUGGAUACACCCAGGCUAGUAGGUACAUGUACAUAUGUUCAAACGAAUUCCUAACACAUACUCUUAUGCUCAUCCUACUACCUGAGCUACACUUUUGGACAAAAUCAGGAAGUUCUAUACAUUUGCACCUAUUGCUUCAACAGAACUUGUGCUAACAAGUCUUAUGGUUACAAGACUGAGACUAGGCUUGAUUAUAUAGCAGAGACCUCAAUUUGUUCCUUGGAAAUGAUACAGAAAAAUUCAGAAAAGUCAUCAUCGCAUGUAGUCUCCCAUUGCUUAAAGUCAAACACCUUGUACGUGUUACAACAGUUUCAACCUCAUACAUAGAACACUGCUAAUAUCUAUUUCCCCUUCUACCAUGAAAUUAAGUUAUUGCAAACUUAAAAUCAAUUUAAGAUAACUAGUUUCAGUUGCCCCUUCUGCAGUAUUCUUCAAAUAGCCUCGACAAAAGUCUAAACUAAGUCAACAGCCUUUUGACAGGAUGUUCUCCACAAAAAGGACAUGCAAUUUUGUUACACCCUUGUAGUACACCAUGGAUAGUGAGUGAGUGAGUAACACAAGUGAGUGUAUAACACAUCUUUCAGCUUGAAUUGGGAGCAGAUACAUGUUUCAGUUUAUUUACCUCGGCACUUCAUUUGGCAAAACAACUUUGUAUAAUUACCAAACAUGGCAAGUUUUCAGAGCUCUUUCAUGACGAUCCUUAUUGGCCACUUUUGAUU